CUUGAUAUAAAAAUGAAUCAUUUCGAAUAAAUUAAAAAUAAAAAUAAUAAUGUCUGGGAGAAAAAAAACCAACCAGAAAAGUGGAAGACGAGGUCGAGCAUCACCAUCUCCAAUCCCACCGAUGCAACAAAAAAGAUUUAAGGCAAAAAAUUCAUCUCAACCAUGGACAAAUAAUAGCAGUCAAUCUUCAACUUUUCAAACUGCUGCUAGUACAGCAGCUGGAGUUGCUGUUGGUUCUAUUAUAGUAAGUAUUAAUUUAAUUUUUUUUUACACUUUUUUGUUUUCUUUGAAAAUUAAUGAUUUUCUGAUUCAUAUAAGGGCCAAGCAAUUGGAAGUACACUUGCUGGCAACAUUAAUCAUGUAUCUUCUGCUAAAGCAGAAUCUAAAAAUGAAGAACCAUGUAUUCCUGAAAUACGAGAAUUCUUCGAAUGCGCUUCACGAAACGAAGAUCUAGAUACAUGCAAAGCUUAUCAUGAUAUGUGGAUGAAAUGUCAAAAUGGAUACAAACAUAAAAAUUAAUCACUCAUAUGAAAUGAUAUGUUCCAAAAGAUUAAAUUAUAAAUAAAAUAUUCUGAUCCUUAUUAUAAAGUAAUCAAGGACAUAUAAAAAAUUACUGAUUUAAGAACAUUGUUUAUUAACUUAACGCGUUUCUUAAAGAC